AUGGCUCCUCUUCCAGAGGGCGCAGAGGAUGACGGCAAUCACUUAUUAUCGGGCCGCUCAUCUCAGGCUCAUAUUGAUGGUCGCCCUCCUUUCCGACUCCCGAUUGAUUCCGCCGCCAACUCAUAUCUCACGCAACUUAGCUCUAAAAGUUUAGGCACGGCAGCCAAUAAGCUCCAUGCCGACUACAGCAAAAUAUUUUGUAGUGAGGACGACCCUCUAGCACCUGGCGAGAGUUCAAUAGCAAUCGCUGGCGGUGCUUUGUUCAACCCAGAACCGCUGAAUCACCAUUGGACGAUUGGUGAACAAAUUGGAGAAGGCGGAUAUUCAACCGUGCAUUUGUGCACUUGGAGAGAUAUAGUUCUAGAUGAAGAACACCCAGAGCAUGGCUUGGCUGCUGUCAAGAUCAUUCGAAAGGGCCAUGACGGAGUUUAUAAUGAAAAAAUGGUUAGUCGCGAGGUCUUCAGUUUCCGUCUUCUUGAAAUGGCUGGCGGUCAUGACAACAUUGUUGAAAUGUACGAGGUCUACGAAGAUUGCGAGAAUGUUUACCUGGUCAUGGAACUCUUAGCAGGUGGAGAAUUGUUUCAGAGAAUAUCGGAGCGUGGCCAAUACACAGAGCGUGACGCAGCCAAUCUUGUCGUGUCUAUGCUUGCAAGUCUCGCAUGUUGUCAUCGUCUCAACCUUACGCAUCGCGACGUGAAACCGGAAAACUUCGUCUUCGGAGAUGUUGAAGGCGAUGGCUCUGACCUUAAGCUUACAGAUUUCGGAAUAGCUCACUACUCAGAGGAUCCAUCUGCACUAUGUAAGACUCUCUGUGGAACCCCGCUUUACGUUGCGCCAGAAGUUUUGCUGCGACAACCAUAUGGCCCCGAAGCAGAUGUUUGGUCUCUUGGGGUCAUUGUACAUAUUAUGCUGGUAGGAUAUCCGCCAUUUGAUGACAACGACAUUGUACAGCUCGUCAAAAAAAUCAAGUAUAGGCCUGUCAAGUUUGAAGGGCAGGAAUGGAGUCUUAUCUCGGAAGAAGGAAAACAGUUCCUGGCUAACUUGCUCGACAAAGACGCCUCCAGUCGUAUGACUGCCCAACAAGCGCUAGAGCAUGACUGGUUGAAAGACAGUUGUCAAGCCGCGACCAAAAAUGUCCUGGGGACUGCUCAGUCAAACAUUAAGUCCUUCGUGAAUCGGAAAAGAUGGCGGCUUGCGAUCACUGGCGUGAAGGUGCUGAACAGAUUCCAUAACGCCAUUGCAGAACUUGCACGUGAGGAACAAGAAGCGGCAAACAAGCAAACACCCCUAACAAAAGCUAUGGAAUCGGACCUAGUGAGAAGAGACGGUCGGGCAAUUCAUAUGGAUCAAGGUUCGAUCAUGCGUCGUGCGUCAUCCAGUUCAAGCAGUGAAGAACCUUUCGUGGAUUUGAGGCGAGUACCGAAGAAUAUCACUCAUCCCUUGAAGAUAUCAGCUCGGCGUCCUCCGAUGCCCCUGCGAUACACUUCCAUUGAUCGGAAGCGAAGUUCUAGUGUUGUGGUUCAAGGAAGUCCCAGACCUCGACAUACUCCUGGCCCCGACAACGGGGCUUCAAUGGUUAUUCUUCCUAUUGAUCCUGCAUUUGAGAGCAGUGGAGACUUGCAUAAUUUCCCACGAAAGAGGGCACAGCGUCCAAUACCCUCAAGACCGACAUACCCAAUAGCUGGCAGAAUGGGCUCGUCACCACACGUAAGAAAUUCACUCAUGGUGAAUUCUUCAGAGGCGGAUAACAACAAAGUGAUGAGAUCUCUCUCCCGAAAUGAAGGGUCUGUCGUUCGAAAGAUGUCUAGUCAUGCCAAAAAGCUUGUUGGUAGGGGCAGACGAGUAUUCGUUGGUAGUUCUGCAGAUAGGCCACCCGUGAUGCUGGAGAUGGGGGAGCAGCGGAGACAGAAGAAGUUCAGUUGGUUUAAGUAGCUUCGCACCUUUCAAUUCGCUGAUUUUUCCUUGAGAGGCAUGGUAAGGUCGCCUUGCAAUUCUUCUCCGUAAUCGUCCUCCACGGUAUCCGUCUAAAACUACCCACCAGAAACGCAAUUUGCUUCCCGCUCUCUCAACAAACCUGUUUCCGUCUCAAUGGCUUUGCGUCGACAUUGCAUUGCAGAUACCUUUUCAAGUUUCCUACAGCUCUCUCCAUGCAUGUAUCUCCCGAUCGUUUAUUCUUUGAGACACAGCAAGGCCCUAAAUCCAGAGCUUUGACGGAUGGUCCGGGUGACCACCUUUGGGCAUUUCGUGUGGACGGUAAGCAACAGAGCAAUCCGUGCUUUUCUUAGAAUACCCACACUUUGUCGGUCAUAAUUGUUUGUGAGACUCAUUCAAGCGGCAGGGAUGAGCAGCUGAGGUUGGAUUUCAUCAAUUUGUUCCGUGGAGGUUGCGCUAGCAGAGGAGGCGAGUACUACUUCGAAACUUCUGGGGCAGUUUCACUGGGCUAGUCCAAUGACACAAUGCACUGGUCUUGAUUGCUUGAUCCAAAUUAGUUCGAUCCAAGCAUCCCUCACGAAAAUCCUUCACAGGCAAAUCCAAGUGGCUGUCAAUAACAAUUGCGGAUGAGACUGCACCUCCGCUCCCAAUACCCAAAAGUACGCUAAGGUUGGAAGUGCAGAUCGGCAUUAUAGAACAUGCAGGUUGUGCGUCCCAGCGGUUUCAGUGCAGUCUUAAUUAUUUCCCGCCUCGAUAUACCGAAGUCUACAUCCUAAUAUGAUAAAUUGGAGGAAGCCAAAGCAGAGACAGGCCAUGCAUACCUGCAAAGUUGUAAUAACCUGCGCGUACCGUGAAUGCCCAACUGCACAGUUUCUCCUCAAGCAAGUCUCCCUCGUCCCUAUUCACCUACCCACACUCAAAAGAACAGGUAUCCCGAGCAGUGAAGAAUGCGAAGGACGCCUGCAGGAGACACUUCAAAGGAUUCAGGAACUCUUGUCGCCAGAUCGACCCCUUGCAGUUUACAGAUGCGAAGACAAGGACGUGAUAUAAGUAGUUCAUACGCCAUUUGUUCGAGACUUGGAGGGGCCCCGCAUCUCUACUGCUUCAUUCUAUAUCGCGAUCCUGUUGGCACUCUUGGUUGUGGUCGGAUUAAUUUACAUUGUUCGCCUCACCAAGAAAGGAAACUACCGCGGAAGGUGAAGAUCAGUUGUUCGAUUUCGCGAAAUUCCUAGAGAUAUUGCUCUAGACGGGAGAAUAGUCUCUUGAAUAUUAAUGCACAGAUAGCGAACAAUGGCGAGACCGGUAAUGAAUACACUAACACAGGCAGUGUUGCGACGGACUGGAAUGCAAAUGACUAGAGAUAUCUGGAAUCUUUGUCCAACACGUCUGUUCUAACUUUGCCCGUGAACG